AUGUCAGACUACAGCUUCGAGCACCAUCUACAUCAACUUCAAACUCUUUUUGGUAAUGACAAGACUCAACUAGACAAACUUUAUCAAUCUUUUAAACAUGCUGAUCGUAAGGGACAAGGAACGUUAAAAACUAUUGCGAAAGUCGAAUGGGUGCUACGCCAACAUUUAUCGCGUUCUGAGAUGAAUAAAAUUGACGUUCAAACACUUAUCACUCGUUUUGUUACGAAAGACAAUGCGUUUGACUAUAAAACCUUCUGUAAAGUUCUUCGACAGUCUCAAAAAGAGUCAAUUGGGUCUAAAAUUCGUCCAACAAAUCGAGAAUCUUGUCGAUCAUCCGAGCGAAGAGUCUUACCAUCAAAAUUUUUUGAAUCACAACGUCUACUUAGGGAAAGUGUACGGAGUAAAUUGGUUUACGGUUUACAAGGUGCUACUUCGAAAAAUGGUAUUCAAGAAAUUCUUGACAUAUUGCAUCGAAUCGAUUGUAAAAGUGAUGGGUUCAUCCCUGAAAAAUUGUUUCGAGAAAAAAUUCUUAAACGGUUGAAAAUCCCAUUGACACGACCAGAGCGCGACUUUAUCAUAGAACAAUUACGAGUUGAUAGUUGUGAUGCAAAGUAUCUUGACUACGAGCAGCUAGUCAGCGUAUGUGAUAUCGAUUUCAACAAUUCUGAGUCUGAAUUGACAAUAGAUUCAAACGAUAAUUUUCUUCUAAAAAGCUUUGAACGAGGUCCCAAGUUUCUCGCAGCUGAAAAACAACUUCGAGAGUUUCUGCAGUCUCCAUUGUCGUUGAAUUCGUCAAGUAUUAAAGAUUUUCCCUCUCAUUUGUUUACUGGAGCCGAUUUAUUUCUCAAACUUGCCGAAUCAAUUGAUCAAGACAAGUCAGGCUUGCUACACGAAGAUGAAUUUUUACGUCUCUUGUCCAAGUGUGGAGUCAGCAUCAAUCGAUCUCUUUGUAAGGAACUACUUUCAAUCUUCCCACGAUCUUCAGGAAAAAUGAUCAAGUAUUCAGACUUUCUUCAACAGUAUCAGAACGAUCGACAGAUAGAGCAAGAAAUCACAAAGUUAUUCUCACGUCUUGCUACAAGAAUAUAUUACCACGUCAAGACUUGA